GCUGGGGGGCCUGGGGCUGCCAGGGCUUACUUGAACUAAAGCUCGAGCCAGCCCCUGGCCGAUAAAGCUGAUAAACGUCAUAUCCUCUGUCAUACCAAUUUUUGUUGACGAUGCUCACUACUCGCUUGGCUAGUUCAUAGACUUAUUGCGUAUUGCUUUACAUUAUAUGGGUAUCCUUAGAAUCUUCCCUAUGGAUUGUCUUACUCAGAUAAUCCCAAAUUGUCAUGCAAAGCUUCUAAGCUCUAUUUGACCCGAAACUAGCUUUACAAUACCUAACGUUUUGCUAGACAUCGAGCUUGCGCAAUCGUCAAAUAAGUACGAAAUAUCACAACACAAAAUGCAAACUGUCGAAGGAAUACCAGUUCCUACGAGGAGCACUCCAGAUGAGGCAACGAGAGACACGAUACCUCCUCACGAGAAACCGAAAAAGGCAAAAGAUAAGACAGGAGCUCCCCCUUCGCGCUUCUCACUGCGCAUGACUGCCGGGUGGUGGAGGUCUCUUCAAUGCAUUGGAAUGGGCUUACAUUUUCUCGCGCCCCCUCGACCGCCAAAUCCAGACUUCUUCAAAUCCAUACCUUCCACUCUGUCUGAUCAGCCCGGUCAAUUCAAUCUGAGUUUCUAUGUACCGGAGGGGUACAACAAGGACCCGAAUAGCAGCAAAUGGCCGGUGGUCGUGAACUUUCACGGUGGUGGUUUUACGCUGGGCAGCGCUUCGGAUGAUGCGAGGUUCGCGCGCUUCAUUCUCGAGAAAUGCCGCGCCGUCUUCGUGUCAGUCGACUAUCGACUGGCUCCCGAAUGUCCCUUCCCUACAGCCGUAGAUGACGGUGCAGAUGCCCUACUGUACAUAAUCAACAACGCAACGGAGCUACGACUAGACAGCAACAGGAUUGCCACGUCGGGAUUCUCCGCGGGCGGCAACAUCGCCAUCACAGCACCCAUCCGCUUACACGAGCACCGGCAGACGGCAAAGAUACCCGAGUACCGGAUCCUGGCGAUCGCAACCUGGUAUCCGAUCACCGACUACACACUAAGCCGCGCCGAGCGCCGCGCUUCGGCGAUCCGUCCGGAAGCAACCCUGCCGCCCGUCCUAACCAACCUCUUCGACGCCUCGUACCUCUUCCCCCCCGAGCUCAACCUCUCGCACCCGUGCCUCUCGCCCUCCCGCGCGUCCGACGAGCUGCUCAAGGAGAGCCUGCCGCCCAACGUGAUCUUCUACACCUGCGAGUGGGACAUGCUGCUGCCCGAGGGCAAGGAGCUGGCGGAGCGGCUGCAGAGGCCGCCGAUCGAGAAAAACGUCUACUACACCAUGGUCCCCGGCGUCGCGCACGGCUGGGAUAAAGGCCCGAACCCGAUGAAGCCGCCGCCGAAGAGCGAAAAGCUGUACGGGGAGUGCUGCAAGAGGCUCCGGAGUAUCUUUGAGGAGGGGCAGACGAAUCCGAGCACGCAGUUUCCGAUAAAGCUUGCGCCGAGGUUAAGAUCAGGCCAGAAGGAUGGGAGUGGUACGGAAUGAAUGGGCGAGUGAAUGAAUGCGCUUUGCGGCGUGGGGGUUGAGCAUUGGGGAUACCAUAAUUGUCUCGGUUUACGUGUAUUAUAUAUAAUAGAAUGGCAUUGGUAUUUUGAUGCAUUGGGCCAUCAUGUUAGAGUAUAUAUCCAAUCAAUAAAUUGUGUAUUAUUA